GGCCUAGAAAGAGCACCUGAAAAUCAACGGCGAAACGGCCCCUUCUUUCUUUCUCUCGGAAGCUUCUUCCAAUAACCGUUAUUCCCAAUGUCCCCUAUUCCUCUCGCAUUUCUGUUCACUCCAAAUCUCUCUGUGCCGCAGUCUUAAACCCUGCUGUAGAUGGAGAGCAGCAGCAGCAGCAGCUAUCCCUUGCGAGAGAACUUGGCGAGCGUGAUGAAGCAAGACAGGCGGUGGAAAUCCCAGUCCUCCAAAUCUAACAAGUCAUCCUUGAUCAUGGCCUUCUUCUCUUGCCUUGCGUGGCUCUACGUCGCUGGCCGAUUGUGGCAAGAUGCUGAGAACAGAUUACUGUUGUCUAACUUUCUUAAGAAGAAUUCAGGGCAGAGGCCGACAGUCCUUUCUGUUGAAGACAAGCUAGUCACCCUUGGAUGCAAAGAUUUAGGAAAAAGGAUAGCAGAAGUUGAGAUGGAACUAACGCAGGCAAAGAGUCAGGGCUACCUCAGGAAUCAGAUGCAACAUCAAAACCUGCUUGCUGUUAUUGGAGUUUACACUGGAUUCGGUGGUCGUUUGAAGCGAAAUGUAUUCAGGAGUUCCUGGAUGCCAAAAGGUGAUGCAUUGAGGAAACUUGAGGAGAAGGGUGUGGUCAUACGUUUUGUAAUUGGUCGGAGUGCAAAUCGUGGUGAUAGCUUAGAUCGUAAUAUCGACGAUGAAAAUCGCCUGACGAAGGACUUCUUAAUUCUUGAAGGUCAUGAAGAAGCUCAAGAAGAGUUACCGAAGAAAGCAAAAUUCUUCUUUAGUACUGCAGUUGAAACAUGGGAUGCAGAGUUCUAUGUUAAGGUUGAUGACAACAUCAACCUUGACCUGGAUGGGCUAAUUGGAAUCCUUGAAAAUCAUCGUGGGCAACAAGGUGCCUAUGUGGGGUGCAUGAAGUCCGGGGAUGUGAUAAGUGAAGAGGGAAAGGCAUGGUAUGAACCUGACUGGUGGAAGUUUGGGGAUGGAAAGUCAUACUUUCGACAUGCUGCUGGUUCAUUGCUUAUACUGUCCAAAAAUUUGGCUCAGUACAUCAACAUAAACAGUGCAUCCCUGCAAACCUAUGCUCAUGAUGACAUAUCAGUAGGUUCAUGGAUGAUGGGGAUUCAAGCUACCUAUGUUGAUGACAACCUUCUUUGCUGCAGCAGCUCUAGACAAGACAAGGUGUGUUCCAUUGCUUGAUGAGCAGAGCACAUUUUUCGUGCCAUCUUGGUGUGCAGCCUCUCACCCUUUACGACAGAUCUUGGCCUUGCUUCGCCUUCAUUAGACUCUUGAAUCCAUUAUUUCAGAAUCUAGCCUAGGAACCGAUAUGCUUUUUAAAGCAUUCUUCUUUUUUUUUUUCCUUUAUCAUUUAAGUGGGCCCAAAAGUGGCGAGGACUUCAAUUUAUCAAGAAAACUUCAAUGGGUAAUUCAUCAGAGUAACCAAUGAGAAGAUUUUACCCUUGCUCUUGCAAGAAAUGAGAACAAUUUACCAUCAUUUAACACAGAUUGUUAUUGGAUUUGUAUUUAACAUGACAAAAUACAAUGCAAUCACACAUCUAUAUGUAUAGAGAUUUGUUAAUGUUAA